AUGGCCUCCCUUCUCUCCCUGCCCAUCGCAAACAGGUCGGCCGCAAGGACCGCGUUGUCUCUGACACACACCGCUCGUCGCACAUCCUCGCCCCCACUCCAACACCUUCGUUCCUUCGGAGUCUCGCCCCGGAGAUCUCUAUCGCAUUUCGAUACCUAUCUGUUUGUGGAAAAACUUGAAAAGAAUGGCAUGACAAGGGAGUCGGCGGAGGGAGUGAUGAGUGUUUUGGCGGAGGUGAUCGAGGAGAGCAUAAAGGGGAUGGAAGCGAGCUUGGUCAGCAAAGCUGAACAGGAGAAGCAACGUUACACGGAGAAAGUCGACUUUGCCAGACUCAAGUCCGAGCUUCAGCUACAUGAGAAGAACGACCUUACUCUGAUGAAGGCCGAGAACGACCGCUUGAUGGCGGAUGUCGAGAAACUCAAGCAACGUCUCCGUGAGGAAGUGACUCGGACGCAAGCAGGCGUCCGCCUGGAUCUCAAUCUGGAGAAGGGCAGAAUAAGAGAUGAGAGUAGUCAGCAAGAGCUAAAGAUCAAGGAGGUGGACACGAGGAUCGAGAGUGAGAUAGCUGGUCUGCGAACGCAGAUCGAGCAAGCAAAGUUUAGUAUCUUGCAAUACUUGGUUGGUGUCGCCACUGGUUCCGGAGCUCUUCUAAUCGCUCGCAAUCAGCUUGCGUACAUGAGGAUGAUGAUGUAG